AUGGAGCCUGCCUCCGAGCCUGACCGGCCACAGUGGCAGGCAGCACUCGUCCCGCUUACAGUGGGGACCGAAGUGGAGGUGAUCGACGGUCACAGACGUCAUCUCGUCGGUCGCCGAGGGAUUGUGCUCCCUACCUUGGAGUGUGACCGCAACACUACGCGGAAUGUGCGGAUCAUACAAGGCCCUCGGGAUGAACAACGUCGUAUUUUUACAAUCGACAAGGAGCACCUCGCUCCCCGACUGGGGUUGGAAGCCACACAAGCUUCCAUGUGUGAUGGAAUGGAGCCGAGUCUGAGGUGGAGAUGUGCUCCCCCACCAUUAACCAUUUACAGCGCCCGAUACCUCCUCGGCUAUCAGGCCCUGGAGACCAUGGUGCCUCCGGCGGCACCCAAACGGAAUCCAGCUGGCCACUAUAUCCAUCCCCCGGUGGAAGAUGCUACGCUUGAGGCACCCUGGGAAAAACACGUUGACCAAGUUAGCGAUCGGCCCUUCUACUACCACCCGGGGACAAAGCAGGUGACCUGGCGCAAACCUCGGCCUGCCCUGGUUCUUCCGAGGGAAGAGGAGACUGGGCCCACCAAGCCCAGGCGAGGCAAGACUGCGAUACCACAACCUCGUACUCCUAGUCCGCCUCCUCCCAAGAGGAUGAGAAAGCAUCCCACCAGCGAUGCUCAGCAGAACACCACGAGCUCUACGACCCAGUCGUCAGCUUCUGCCACAGCUACAGGGACACCCACUACAGAGAGGAAGCCCGCUCCGGCCUUUGAUCCCCGAUCUUCUGGUGGCCCUUCUGAAUGGAACCUGGCCGAUCAUGCUUUACCUGCCUCUCCAGAUCGGGUACUGAUCUGGGGGGCCAAGGCCAGGACACAGCUGCCCCAACCGCCGAGUGCUCCUGCUUGUACCCUGGAUGUGGAAAGGUUUCUGCAGAGCUUCUUCAGGACACGGCAAGGCCCCACUGGCACACCUCUUGCCACCCUACUUGGGGACCCAGUCCCGCAACCUGAUGGUUGGUGGAGGCUCCCGUGGACACCACUGGAUCCAUCGCACUGCGAGCUGCUGUGUCAGGAUGGCUGGCUAAGGGGCUGGCACGGAUGUAAGAUGGAGGCACUAUACUCCAUCAUCUACCAUGGCCAACUUCUCCCGAGCACUGACGAGUCGAAAGGUGACAGAUUCCUGGCAGGCUGUCCAGGGGUGUAUCUGCACCGCGACAGCCUGCAACACAAGGUGGAGAACUACAUGCGAUGGAUACCACUAUGUGGAGAUGGUCUCUUUUGGGCUGCCAAGUGGGAGGUGGUGUAUGCUCCCUCGGGGAGCAACAAACAUGGCAAGCGUACUGAUCAGGUUAUACAAAGUGCUGAAUCGGUGGAGCUGGUGGCCCUCUGGCUCUCAGUGCGCUCCGAGAAUAUGCUGCCUGAGGGAACUGCUGUGCAGGCCACAUGGACGCCCGCCCGUGAGGCCAACCCUUGCCUCACAGAGUCCAAGCGACGAAGCAGUGCUUUGAUACAGGCUGUGGACUUCGCGGCACUUUCUGCCUCCUCCAGACCUUUGCCCAGCUCCAGUUCGCGGUCUGACCCGGCGAUCGACGACAAAGGCCGACUCAAGCCGACACCCAAAGCGCGUGGUCGCCUGCCACACAUCCCUUCUGAACUAGAGAAGGACUGCACACCUGCACAAGCGAAGCUCACCAUACAGGCAGGAGAUCUCGUCCUUCGAUCGGCCACAGCACAUAGCUCGGAGACUCCCACUGCUCCGACCACGGUUUCGGCUGCUACCUUGGCCGACCCAUCAGAUCCACCUCAACGAGGCCGUGGCACUGGGAUGACCAAAGCUGCGAGGCACCAAGAACGUGUCCGCAAGAAGAUGGCCAAGAAAAUGGAAGAAAUCUUCCAGGCCAAUAGUCUAGCCUACUGGCGACUUCGUCAAACCAGGAUGACACAGGUGGGUUCCCUGCUCACAAACCUUCGUUGCUCCUUCCACCAGUCUGUCUUCGCCAUUGGGCGCAGGCCAGUGGAUCGAGCAGACAUCACCUCGAGAUAUGUUCCUGUCCAAUUUGUGCAGGACAUCCCGGGCACGUGGCUGGCCUAUCGUCUGGCGGUCUUGCCCUCCGUCGACUACGCAUUGCCCCAGUCAGACUCCGGGCACGACGCCGUACCCCAGGCUAUGCCCUCGCCCUAUUCUGUUCAUCUCGACUUUGCUUACACUACCAAGGUCGAUCUGGGGAAGCGAUCCUACAAACGUGCCUUACGUCGUGCUGCACAGGACGAGGCUGAGCGUCGCAUGCAGCAGGCCGCUCUGAAAGUCUCCCAGGGACGCCUGCUGUUCCUUUCAUGGAAUGCUGGAGGCUUGUCCCAGGCCCUGUGGCAGGAAUUCUUGCUGCGAGACCGCUCCGCCUGGGACUGGCUGCCUGGAGACUUGGUGGAUAUCACCUGUUUGCCGCUCUACCUGGGAUCCGAGAGUUCAAAGUCUACGCUCUGCUGUCCAGGACAGCAUCGGCUGGCACUAUGGCAAACACCGCCUAUGCAGGAUGGUAUUCGCUCCAUGUGGCAGGCCUACCGAGUCUGGAAGACAGCCAAAGCUCAAGCUCAGCAUAAUCCGCUUUAUGUUUCCAGGUGCUACCAUCACUUCAAGACGGCACACAAGGCCUUUCGUCGUGCCGGGAAAGAAGCCAAAAAGCACUGGUUCCAUGGCAGGCUACAGGAACUCCAGACUGCUGCCAGUUCAGGCGACUCUCGCAAGCUAUAUGCUGGCAUUCGUACCUUAGCUCCCAAAUCCUCCAAGCCGAAGGUUCAACUGCGAGAUUCUGGCGGACACCUGCAGGAUCCCAAGACCCAGCUAAAACAGCUGGAAACGCACUAUCGCAAAUUGUAUGCUGCGGACGAGGAUGGCAGCAUACAGGGCCCCCAGCGACAGCCCAUUCGCAUUGAAGUCACGGAGGCCGAAAUGACCCUGGCGAAAUUGCGUCCCUACGCCGAGAGAUUCCUUGCAGACCAGGCACAAUUUGCAUAUCUGCCAGGUGCACAACUAUCGCUGGACCUGUCCAGUGCUUUUGACCUUAUGGACUGGCGCCUGCUGGACCAGGCUCUACUCGCGUCCGAAGUUCCGGCCGAGCUUAGACACCAAAUCAUGUCCUGGCACUCUGAAAUCUCCUAUGUCCUUACUCACCUUGGGCACACUGCCAAGGUGGAGGCCCAAAGAGGACUUAGACAAGGGUGUAAACUGGCUCCGUUGCUCUGGACUCUCGCCCUAGCACAGAUAUAUCGUGAGAUUCUUGCUGCGGGGGACCCACUUCUCACAGCACCUUGGCUAGAGCACUGCUCCACGAUUUAUGCUGAUGAUAUACACCUCAAGGAUACUGUGCAGAACACUCGUGAGCUGGACGACAUGGUGUAUCGCUUUAGUACGAUCCUCGAUGCCCUUGCGGCCCAUGGUAUGGUCAUCAACUCGACCAAAUCAGCAUUGCUACUGAGACACAAGGGCAGUUUCAUCAGAGGCUGGCUGCGCCGACACCUCAUACCCAAACCCGAGGGGGACCUCCUACGCUUUCGCAGUCCCCGGGGAACAGUGUAUGAAAUUCCAUUGCGUGACCAUCACACGUACUUAGGCAUACGUAUCUCCUACCAUUCACAGGCCAAACAAGCAGUCACCUAUCGGCUGCAGGCUGCGAACCAAGCCUGGCAAAGACUCCGUGGUAUACUGUGCUCCACCAGGCAUCUCGCUCAGACGCAUCGUCUCAGUCUAUGGAAAUCCACAGUGCUUCCCACGCUGCUCUAUGGCAUCGCAGCAUCCAACCCAGGUGCCAAGGACAUCCAGCGUAUGCAGCACAUGAUGACCAAGCAGGUUCGAGCCAUCACACGAUCCUUUGCACAUCUUCAGAAAGAAUCCACACAGGACCUUCUACACAGUGGAAUCAGCUCGAGACACUGCCGCUACACUUCACCUCCAAGUGCAACGCCAAUGGCAGGUAUGCACAUGGAACAGAAGGACUUCCAACGUGCAGACACUGUGCCCAUCCCUUUCGACAAUGGGUGGACUGACCUCCUUGUGAAACCGGAGACCUACUCGUAUCUCCAGCACCACUGCCCGCUGUGUUACCAGUGGCUAGCCACCCCUACCAGCAUCAAGUAUCAUCUCACCAUGCAACAUCCAGAGUGGAAAGAAUGCCAACCUCAGUGCACCAUGACGCUCUGCGCGGAUCCCAUGGAGCUGGACGAACAGGAGAAGCAAUUUUGGGCCCAUGCCGGUCCGGUCAAACGGGAACAGGAACCACGACGAGAUGUGAUGCAUCAAACCGAGCAAUCCAAGAGGCAGCGUCUGGCUCCGCAGGACCGGAACAAAGGCAAGGGCAAGGGUACCAAGGGCAAAGGCAAGGGAAAGCAGGGCCUACCAAGUCCAUCCAGUGCCAACCAGGUCACGGGCUACACAAAUGGUUUCGGAAGCCAUCCACCCAAUCCCUGGACACAGACUCAGGACCUGCAGCCACUGGGAAAUCACGAUCCAGACUGGAUGGAGUACAGGAUGAAUCGACUCUCCCAGCUGGUCCUUCGUCAGGAGCAAAUCAUCUCAGCCAUCCGUCAGGAUCUGGUCCUCUACCUCUUUGUACGAUCAGGGCCAGAAGGGAUGGUACCGGUUCUCUGCGAAGCAGCGGAGAAGUGGAGGAAGAUGAAAGAGGAAGAACCCGAGAAGAUUACUUACUCCCUCAAACUCAUGCUCUUCAAGCAGCUGCUCAUCACCCUACACCAGAGGUUGACCAACAUGAUUGCGGACGAGGAUGCUCUCGCCAAAGCCAAGAACCUGAACUGGAUCGACGAUCAGAAACAUUGGAAACAUCUUACAUGGAAUCCUACCAAACAAUGUCUGGAAGUCGACAACUCGGUGAGGCCAAUACCGGCGGAAGAUCUGUUGGCCCAACUGGUUCAGAUGAGGAAAGCUGUUACGGAAGAGACCCUGGUGAGGUUCAAGUCCAUGAGGAAGCUCACCACGGAGGUGACCUCCGACUGGAUUCAAUUCCAGAUCUGCAUGUCCCUUCGCCCAGAGGGAGGAGCCAUGUGGAGCACGCUGAACCAGUGGAUCGGACAAGCAUCGUGGCACACCCUGGGAUGCAGGCUUCGCCGCGAUCGACCGAACUACGACACCCUGGUCCAGGAAGUGUGGCAACAUCAGAUGCCAUACUGA